CGGUCGGUGUUGGUCAGCAAACGGUUCCGGAGAGUAGAGCCAUGAGUUCGGGUGUCCGCAGGGACUGGCGGGCCGGUGGCGGCUCUUCGGCCGCCGGAGGAUGGGACAACAGCUCGAGGGGAGGCGGAGGAGGUGGCGGUGGUCGCGGCCGGCACCCGGGCCAUCUGAAGGGCAAAGACAUCGGGCUGUGGUACGCGAAGCGGCAGGGCCAGAAGAGCAAGGAUAUGGAGCGUAAAGAGAGGGCUGUAGUGCAUAUGGAUGAAAAACGAGAGGAGCACAUCACCCGACUACUGAACUCAGUCCAGGCACGCAGUGACUACAAAGACCAGCGCUCGUCACUCUCCGCCGACUCGAGCAUGAACUGGAGAAAUCCAAGUUCGUCCACUUUAGUCACCAAGGAACUUAAACCAGAGACCAGUGCUGACCUGGAGUACCUCUUUGAAACGAUUACUCGGGAUGUGUUCCUGGAUGAGGAGCUGAGGGAAGAGCUUUCGAAGAAGAUGACAAAUUCAAGAUACCUGGAGAUGAAGAAAUUUCGGGAAAAACUCCCCUCCUAUACCAUGAAACAUGAGGUGGUAGACUUGAUCAACACGAAUCAGGUGGUUGUCAUAAGUGGAGAGACGGGUUGUGGCAAAACCACGCAGGUGACCCAGUUCAUUCUGGACGACUACAUCGAGAGGGGAAUGGGCUCGCUGUGCAGAAUUGUGUGCACCCAGCCUCGUCGGAUCAGUGCCAUAUCUAUCGCUGAGAGAGUGGCAGCAGAAAGAGCUGAAGUUUGUGGUGAAGGAAACAGCACUGGCUACCAGAUCCGGUUACAAAGUCGCUUUCCACGCAAACAAGGUUCCAUUUUGUACUGCACUACAGGAAUUAUUCUCCAGUGGCUUCAGUCAGAUUCACUUUUGUCUACCAUCAGCCACCUUGUUUUGGAUGAAGUUCACGAGAGGAGCUUGCAGUCCGAUGUGCUGAUGACCAUCGUGAAGGACGUUUUGGCUUUCAGAUCGGAUUUGAAAGUGAUAUUGAUGAGUGCAACUCUCAAUGCUGAACAGUUUUCAGACUAUUUUGGGAGCUGCCCUAUGCUGCAUAUCCCAGGGUUUACCUUCCCAGUGAAAGAAUACAUUCUGGAGGAUGUCAUUGAGUUACUUAACUAUCGUCCACAAAACCAGGAAGUUCGAAGACCAUCCUCUAGGAGAAGGUUCAUGCAAGGCUGCAUGUUUCGACCAGAGAAGGAACAAGUUGAAGAAGAAUACCAGCAACAGUGGCCAGUGUAUAUGAGAGAGUUGCAAGGAAGAUAUUCUGACAGUACAAUCGAGGCCUUGGAAAUUCUGCACAACGAUGAUAAGAUAGACCUAAAUCUGAUUGUGGCUCUUAUAAAGCAUAUUGUUUUCUCUGGGGAGGAUGGUGCCAUCUUGGUUUUCCUGCCUGGCUGGGACAACAUCAGCACCUUGAACGACCUGCUAACUGCACAACCAAUGUUUAAAUCAGAUCGUUUUGUGAUCAUUCCCCUUCACUCGCUGAUGCCUUCAGUGAAUCAGACAGAGGUUUUCAAGAAGCCACCUCCAGGAGUUCGCAAGAUUGUAAUUGCAACUAACAUCGCUGAGACAAGUAUCACCAUAGAUGACGUGGUCCAUGUGAUAGAUGGGGGGAAGAUAAAGGAGACUCACUUUGACACUCAAAACAAUAUCAGCACGAUGGCUGCAGAGUGGGUUAGCAAAGCGAAUGCCAAGCAGCGGAAAGGUCGAGCUGGAAGGGUACAGCCAGGUUCCUGUUACCACUUGUACGAUGGAUUGCGAGAGAGCCUUCUGGAUGACUAUCAGUUACCUGAAAUCAUGAGGACGCCACUUGAAGAACUUUGCUUACAAAUCAAGAUUUUGCAUCUUGGUCCAAUUGCCCAAUUCCUAGGGAAGGCAAUGCAGCCUCCAUCAAAGGAAGCGGUUCAUCUCGCUGUGACCCACCUGAAAGAGCUGAACGCCUUGGAUAAGAACGAAGAGCUCACGCCACUUGGCGUCCAUUUAGCCCGACUACCAGUCGAGCCCCACAUUGGGAAGAUGAUUCUGUUUGGGGCGUUGUUAUGCUGCUUGGAUCCUGUGCUCACCAUUGCGGCCAGUCUCAGCUUCAAGGAUCCAUUUGUCAUUCCAUUGGGUAAAGAGAAAGUGGCAGACGCAAAACGUCGAGAGUUGUCCAAGCAGUCCCGUAGCGACCAUCUGACUGUAGUCAAUGCAUUUAAGGGAUGGGAAGAAGCAAAAAGGCGAGGUUUCCGAUCAGAGAAGGAUUACUGCUGGGAGUACUUCCUUUCUCCAAACAAUCUUCAGAUGCUUCAUAACAUGAAAGGACAGUUUACUGAACAUCUGCUGGUGGCUGGCUUUGUCAGCAGCAAGAAUCCCAAAGACCCCAAGGCAAACAUCAACUCAGAAAACGAGAAGCUGAUCAAAGCUGUCGUGUGUGCGGGCCUGUAUCCCAAGGUGGCAAAAAUCCGGCCGAGCUUCAGCAAGAAACGGAAAAUGGUAAAAGUCUUCACCAAGUCAGAUGGGCGAGUCAACAUUCACCCGAAGUCGGUGAAUGCGGAGGAAGGGGAAUUUCAGCACAGCUGGCUGAUCUACCACCUGAAGAUGCGAACAAGCAGUAUCUACCUAUAUGAUUGCACUGAGGUGUCCCCUUAUUCCCUCCUUUUCUUUGGGGGUGAUAUCUCGAUACAGAAAGAACAAGACCAAGAGACGAUCGCUGUCGAUGAAUGGAUUGUGUUCCAGUCACCAUCCAGAAUAGCCCAUUUAGUAAAGGACCUGAAGAAGGAGCUGGAUACCCUUCUGCAAGAGAAAAUUAAGAAACCACGGCCGGUAGACUGGAACAACCGCUCGAAAGACUUUGCGGUCCUGUCAGCGAUCAUAGACUUGAUAACCACACAGGAUGACACAGGCACCAAGAACUACGUGCCUCGGUUCCAGGGCUACUGAAGCUGUGAUCCUCAGCAGGUUGAGAAGUUCUGCCUGAAACAGCGUUUCAAGCUCACAGCUGCUGAGUUGUUUUGUAUCAUUAACCCCUUUUUUUGCUCUCUUGAAUAGAUGUUUGGAAAGUAUGCCCGAGGGUCUCACUAAUGAGAUGGCGAUGGUCUGUAGCCAUAGAAUAAAAUGGCUGGCAUGUUCAGAAGUCUAAUUCCAUUCUAGUGUAGUGUAGGGGACGUUAAGGUGGGGGAGGUUUUCGGAAAGAAGAGUGCAGUGACAGGCAAUCUCACUGCAUCAUCACUGGAAUACAUACAGAAAAUGCUGUGGUUUCCCAUUCUGGAGAGGACCUGAACGCCUUCUCCUUCAGAAUAAAGCCAGUGGGUCUAACAGUGUCAGAAGUAAGGCAAGGCUUAGUAUUGUGCAAGGUCUUGAACAGAACUAGACCAAAGUAAAUUAGUAUCCAUAACGUUAACCCAUUUGCACAGAUGUGGCCAGAGUUUGCUUCGUCUGUACUUCCAGUGUGGUUUCCUUUCCAUUUAUACGGUUUGUCUUUGUGAGUUUAGAUCAUUCAGAACUUCUUAAUCUUGAUUUUUAUCUCAGAGUAACUUUUGCAUCAUGUACUUUUUUUAGGGAAAAAAUAUGGGCUCUGUUUUCUUUCUCCCGCACACUUAUCUCCCAAUGUAAAAAUCAUGUGUGUAACUAUCUUAGAGGACUGUUGGACUAUGUCUGUAGCCACUCUUCCUAUACUGUAGGGAAAUAUCCUGUAUGGGCCCCCAGUUUGAUUUAUUUUGGCAGAAACCAUGGGGGUUGGAGGUGCUCAUUUUAACUUAAUUUGCCGGUUAACCUGUGGGAAGUGCUUUUGUAUCCUAACCUCUUCACAUUUUAUUCAAUCUGGUCAGUUUUCUGAUGGACACUGUAGGUUAAAAUUGUUGUCUUGGUUCAUUCUGAGGAAGAAGUGAUGAGAGUGUUUAGACAAAAACAAAAUGGAAUCGGUUUAGAAUAGCCAUAAAUGGGUGUUUAAUUGCCAGUGUAGACUCGGAGGCUCCAAAGACCUUUUACCGUGUUGUAUGACGCUGACUGGUCCCAAUUUCAUUCGUAAAUAUGGAAUUAGAAGCUGACCUCCUCCAACUUGUUCUGCCAUUCAGUGUAGUAAUGGUCCAUCAGUGACCGAACAGAUACCCUCCUUCAUUACCCCAUCUCCCUUAGUCCCUGAGUUCACUGAACUCCAAUUUGAUUAUCAAUUGUAAGUUUGCAGAAAAGAGUUCCAAACUUGUCCCAUGAAUUACACUUGAAAGACUGUCCCUGGUCUGAGACUGUUCUUUACUCUUCUUUCCCCAUGUGAUUGAUUACAUUUCUCUACCCAGUCAAUUUCCCUUAACAUUGUAAGGUAUGAUUAAAUUCUAGUGGAUAUGAAGCAGUUGUGUAUAAUUAUGCCAUACAAUUAAACUCCUGAGUUCUAUAAAAGAAAAUUAUUUUCACACAUUGGGAAGUUAAAUUGUCAGGCAAAUGUUUUUGUCUCAACUGGACUUGACUUGCUUUGUUGUGGGUGCACAUGUGCAGCCUGGAUCAUCAUGGCUCGUGUUUCAGCAGGAAUAUUGCCUGCUAAUGGGAACGUCCAUUUGCAUUGAGUCUUGUGGAGUUUGGCUAUAUAACUCGGCAUGGGGUCUGAACAACUGCACGACCGUUGUCACAGUCCUGAAGCUUACAGUCUUCACCAUCUGUGUAGUUUGGCAAUUGUGGGAGGGGAAUACCCGGGAGAUGUGUUGUAGAAGAUGUGUUCAUUUGCUUGUGGUUCUUUUGGAUGUCAUUGGAGAACAGAGUUUUGGUGCGGUGGCUGACAUAACAGUGACACCAAGCAAAUACUUAAAUUAAUGUUCAUUUCAAUGGCAUUUUGUGGGAUCGCACUAUGUGCAAAGUGGCUGCUGAACAAAUCCAUGUACUAGUAUCGUGUAUAGCAAUUUAAACAUUUAGGAUUGUUCCUAAGAAAUGGAGGUGCUACUUAUAAAUAAGCUGUUGUUUAAGCGCACCUCUAAGUGAAUCUGUUGAGUCUGAUCAACGGGCUGCUUUGGUGGUUUCCAAGUCUUCUGAUCGAGGGCUGCUUCGAAAGUCGCGUCCUGCACAAUCCCAGUAAAUAUCUCUGUGUAGUAUCGCUUUCACCCCAGCACCACCACUUCACAUAGGCAGUCAGAGAAGUAGUAGGUGUUGAUAUAAAGGUGGUAUUUGGCUCAGUAGGCCACUAUUGCAAGUGGAAACUAACCAUGUUAUCUACCCCUUAGCCAGUGCCUGUUUUUAUGGUUAGCCAAGUGUACCUAAUGUCAGUUUGAAGAUAGAGACUCUGAGCUUUGGAAUCUUUUCCUUGCCUCGGUUAUCUGGUGACAGGAAGCUGAUCUUUCAAAGGAGCAGGUAGACAAAACAUUUUCCAUUCUGGUUGUCGGGACGUUUGGAACAACAUCAUCUGGCAAUAGGCUGUGGCUUGUCAACAGGUAACUAUAUAGCUAGGCAGCCAUUUGCAGAGAGAUUGUGCAGAAAAGACACUGGAGGGGAGAGCCCUUGUCACCUUGUACUUGAGGACAGGCAAAGGAAAAAAGCAACAUUAGUAAUGGCCAGGGUGACUAAGAGCUUGAUGAGGGUUACUGCUUGCAAUGACCCAUCUGCUUGUCCAAGAGGAGCUGAGACCAAUAAAAUACAUACAACUGCAGUGAUGUUUGGUGCUGUCAAGGUGUCCAAUGCCUUAGCCAAAGUUGCCAUGAUCAUUCCUGUUAAGUGGACAAACAUUUUGUUUUUGUAGUUUUGUAGAUGUUCUGGCAUGAAUGUUCCUUUGUUUUCCAAAUAGUAUUUAUUUCUCUGACUGUUUAUAAGAUGCAAGAGCUGUUUUUUUUUUAAGUAAUGUGUGUGUAUUUUCACCCAUUAAACUACUUGCUAUACCCAGACUUGUAUGUCUUUUGCCUACCAACAGUUUGUAGUGUCGGUUAACCAUCUGCUUUGAAUACAGACUGGUUGGCUGCUGCUGACUAGUGGUGCUCCUUUGGGGUCAGUAUUGGGACCACUGCUUUUCAUGUUGUUUGUCAAUGAUUUGGAUAAUGGAGUUGAUGGCUUUGUGGCAAAGUCUACGGAUGAUACGAAGAUAGGUGGAGGGGUAGGUAGUGCUGAGGAAGCAACGUGAUUGCAGGAGGACUGAGACAGAUUGAAAGAAUUGGCAAAAAAGUGGCAGAUGGAAUACAGUGCUGGGAAAUGUAUGAUAAUGCAUUUUGGUGAAAGGAAAUCUAAAUGGGGAGAAGGUUCAAACAUUGGGGUGCAGGGUGACUUAGGAGUCCUUGUGCAAGAAUCCCAGAAGGUUAAUUUUCUGGUUGCAUCCAUGGUGAAGAAGGCAAAUGCAGUGUUGGCAUUUAUUUCAAGGGGAAUAGAAUAUAAAAGCAAGGAGAUAAUGCUGAGCCUUUAUAAGACACUAGUCAGGCCACAUGGAGUAUUGUCAACAUUUUUGGGUCCCAUAUCUCAGAAAGGAUGUGUUGUCAUUGGAGUGAGUCAGGACAUCAAAGGAUAUGGUGAGAAGGAAGGUGUAUGGGGUUGAGUGGGAUCCGGGAUUAGCCAUGAUGGAAUGGUCGAGCAGUCUCAAUGGGUUAAAUGGCCUAAUUCUGUUCCUAUGUCUUCAGGUAAUCCUGUCUCAAAUGAUUAGGCUUGAAGGGAUUGGUGGGCGUUUUGAGGAGUAGAGUGGCAGUUCUUUCGUUCUUG